CCCGUCUUCCCCACUCGUGCUCACUCGUUGAUUUCCGUUUAUCAUCGGCAUCUGAACAUGGCGACCGUCUCCUUGCGAAACUCAGCGACCUCGCUGUUGUUAUUUGGAAGGAGGUUGUUGAGCCCGGCGCUGAAUCCUCUCUGUUCAUAUCACAAAAAGGUGGUGGACCAUUAUGAAAACCCGAGAAAUGUUGGCUCUUUAGACAAAAACUCCAAGAAUGUGGGGACCGGGUUGGUGGGUGCACCAGCCUGUGGUGAUGUAAUGAAACUUCAGGUCGAGGUGGAUGAAAGCGGCAAGAUUGUGGACGCAAAAUUCAAAACAUUUGGCUGCGGAUCAGCCAUUGCCUCCAGUUCUCUAGCAACAGAGUGGGUGAAGGGGAAGUCGGUUGAUGAAGCGCUGAAGAUAAAGAACACAGAUAUUGCUAAAGAACUCUGCCUUCCUCCAGUCAAGCUGCAUUGCUCUAUGCUUGCAGAAGAUGCUAUAAGAGCAGCGCUGUCAGACUACAGGCUGAAACAACAGGACAAGAAGGAGGAACGUGUCAAAGCUAGCAGUUAAUAUGUUGUUAUCAGUAUGGGGUAUCCCACUGAUAUUUCAGCACCAGCCAAUGUCUUGCAGCCGUGCGGUGGUUUAUAGAGGAUGAGUUGCCAUAAUACUACAUCAGGUCUUGCACCCUUCUGGGAUUACUAGGGGUUUUAUAGCCUUUAUAGCCUCUCCAUAGUUGUGGGGUCAGUCUCUUGAUUUCAAGCAAGAAUGACCAAGUGUUCAAGUGCCAGGUGUUAAUGGUGUCUAUGGAUUUAUCUCAUCAGAUGAUCAGAAAUGUUUAUUAAUUGAUGCUAAUUUUGGUGGUGGAAGCUCUUGCGGAAUAUUUUAAGACAUCUUUGAUCCUUAAUAUAACAAAACAAAACAAGGAAGCUCAAUGAUUUUACCUCCUUGCAGCAUUUUUCUAUAGAGAACACAACAGAGAUGCAUCAUAAAUCAGAAGCUAUAAGUUGAGGUCUGCUUUUCUUUUGUAUAUUCUUUGGGAUUUAGGCUGUAUUUUGGCUUGAAUAUAUAAAACAGCUGCGUCUUUGUGGGAGUUCAGUAUGAAGAUGCACUUAGGUCAACAGCUUAAUUACAUGUAUAAAACCAUAAAACAGAACAUUGUAUGGGACUGUGCUUAUUGUGAAUUAAAUGAUUAAAAACAA